AUGAACGGCCUCGAGAUAUCGCCGUUUAUCGCAGGCCUGCCCAAGGUCGAGCUGCACAUUCACAUUGAGGGCACGCUCCAGCCCGCGCUGCGAUGGAAGCUUGCGCAGCGCAACAAGGUCCCGUUGCGCUUCAGGGACCACGAGUACAACACCUACGAGGCGCUCCUGGAAUCAUACCGCGUCACCUACAACCACCGGCCGGAGCUGGGCGGCCGCAAGGACGUGCCCACGUUCCUCGAGGCCUACUUUGCCGGCUGCGAGGUGCUCAUCCACGAAGAAGACUUUUAUGAGCUGGCCAUGGACUACCUCAAGCGCUGUCGCGAGAUGAAUGUGCGCUACGCGGAGCCGUUUUUCGACAUUCAGGCGCACACGCGUCGGGGCGUCCCGGCGGAGCAUGUGCUCAAUGGCUACCUGCGGGCGCAACAGGAUGCGGCGGCCCAAUAUGGCGUGCGCAGCAACUGGAUCUUUUGCUUCAUCCGCGACGAGCCGGUACAGGACGGCGAGGCGGCGUAUGAGACGGCGCUGCCGUGGGCAAAGCGACCCGGCGGAAAGGGUCUGUUUCAUGCGGUUGGCCUGGCCAGCAAUGCCUACGAGCGGCCGCCGAGCUUGUUUGCCGAUGGCUUCGCAAGGGCAAAGAAGGAUGGCCUGCAUGUGACGACGCAUUGUGACUUUGGGCAAAAGGACACCCACGAGCAUAUCCGACAGGCCAUUUUCGAUGUAGAAGUUGAGCGCAUCGAUCACGGUCUGGAUGUGCUGGACAAGGAAGAGCUCAUGGCGGGACUGGUCGACAAGGGCAUUGGUCUAACGCUGUGUCCGCAUGCCUAUCACCGACGAACGGCGACCGAGGUGCUGUUCCCCAAGCUGCGGCAGCUCCUGGAUCGUGGCGUCAAGUUUUGCAUCAACAGCGACGACCCUGUGUACAUGCACGACGUGUGGAUUGAUGGCAACAUGGAAAAGGCAUACCACCUCGGAUGCUUGAGUGAAAAGGAAAUGGUGCAGCUGGCGAGGAAUGCGGUGGAUAUGUGCUGGGCGGAUGAGGACGUGAAGAAAGAGAUUUAUGGCGAGCUAGAUGGUGUGCAGAUUAGUUAG